UCAGCGUUCCUCCCACUGGCUGUCCCAACCUCCUCUCGCCUUGCGAUUACGCUGAACUCUCCUCCAGUUUCCCCAGGAGACAGUCAUUCACAUUGGAGCACAGUCCACCGCUCUCUUCACUUCCAGCUGUCCCCCUGCAAACAGGAAGCGACCCGCUCACCCGCUGAGCUUAGCAGCGAUGGCGUGAGGGCGGAGAUAGGAGUGAAGAGUGGGCUUCAUGUCUGGGAGGUGGUGUGGAGGCCUGAACACAGAGGGACUCAUGCCGUUGUGGGCAUUUCGAGGCAGGACUGUCCCCUGCAGUCUUCAGGGUACAAUGUGCUGGUGGGGGCAGACUCACAGUCCUGGGGAUGGGAGCUCAAAACCAAUCAGCUCUGGCAUGGUGGGCAAACUCUGAAGCUUUACCCAGAAAAUGGGAGUAGGAGGAGGAGUCACUCUGAGGUGGCAGCUGAUUCAAAGUCACAGUCCUCCUCUUCAUCAAACGCAAAGAUGGCACAAACACCUCUCCUCAUUCCUGAGCGUGUCCUGCUGGUUCUGGAUGCCGAUGCCGGGACUCUGGGGUUUGUUGUCAAUGGGAGCUUCCUUGGCGUAGCUUUUAAGGACCUCCCUCGAGAUGUGGAGCUGUUCCCAGCAGUGAGCAGUGUGAGAGGAGGAGCCUGCAUUCGACUGCGCUACCUGAAUGGUUCUACACGAGAUCCUCCAUCCCUCAUGGCUUUAUGCAUACUGUCGAUUCGUCAGAAUUUAGGACAGAAGAGGUUAAAACAUACGGACAAAUUGCCUCUACCCCCUUUUCUCCAGCGCUGUCUGGCUCCCAGUCAUUAAUCUUCCACGCAAACGGACAUGAUGGAUACUUUUGUCAGUUACUGCAGUUUACCAAGGAUCCAUGCCCUUUUCUAUGAAAUACUGAUGUAAAUUCUGUAAAUCUUACAUUAUAUGCACAAGUAUAAUUAUUUUUAUCUUAUUUACUACAAAUGUGUAUGUUUAUAGAUGUUUUGUAAUAUUUUUUAAAAGAAAUUUGGGGGAUUUAGGGCAGUUCUGUUUGGUACAGGUCUGGUUUCUUCUUUUGUGCAUCUAAUA